GGAUCCUUUUGUUUCCGCCUAGGGUCAAAGACACCCCCCUCCUCCAAAAAGAAGAUAUAAUAAUCCUCUUUAUUUAUUUUUUUAUUUUUAUUACAGCCCUUGCAGAAGAGAAAGAACUUAAGUGGCUAAUAUUUUGCAAAGGAGACGGAGAGAUUGAUACUGCAAUAUAGCUCUCGUCUCUCUCCCUUCUCCCCAAUUAGAUGCUGGUUUUAAUUGCAGAGGGUAUUUCUCUUUUCGUGCUUUCAACCAUCUCCUCUUUCCCACAGGGGAGGGUUUCAUUUGCAAGUUGAUCCUAAGGAUUUCUGUUCCUCUGGCAUUUCUCUCCCCUAAAUGCAUCUUUCUGCUCUUAAGUUUACGGAUGGGGGGCAAUUUUUUCUAGUUCUUACACGAGGAAGGCAAAAAGGACCUUUUUAUUGGGAGAUUGAGACUAAAAGCAAUGAUCGCUCCGAAUCAUUCUAAUGGGCAUUUCAGGGAUUCAAGGAAGGCUGCAUCACCACUGGUGUUAUCCCCAUCCUUAGCGUUUCCCUGUGCCCAUACAUUUAAAAUAUCUGGUGAAAGGAAGGGUGAAACCAUAUGUUGAAGGAGCUGCAUCUCAUUAGGGCAGUAUUAUUUUCAUCUGAUUGGAGAAGAAUGGUGUCUUCAUUCGGAAUCGUGUAUAGUAGGAUAGAGAAUUUAUCGGCUGGUAAGUGUCAAGGUAUUUUUUUUUUCUUCCACUUUCAGCUUUUUAACCGGGUCUCCUGCUUGGUCCUGGGGGCACAAAAUGCCCUAAUCCAAGGCAGGCUGAGCAUUUCAAUCCUAGGUGCCUCUUCAGCUGUCACUUCCCUUUAGAUCUGCUGAUCGCAUGGGCAUGUGCUUUAGAAAGAUUAAUCAUCUCUAAAUGCUUUAAUCAGCUAAAAUGACUAAUAUGUGGUGUGUAUUUAUCUGAUAAUAUACCGGUUGCAUUAAUUCACCGGGGCGCGUUUGCGAGGGGGAGAUUUCCUUCCCCAUCAGGGUCGUUAACCAUUUACUCCGGUGGAGAUGCUGUGGGGGUUUCUGAGGGGAGCUGUUCUGCCAGGGACAGCUCGCACAUCCCCUGGAACUCGCGUGUGGAACGCAUCGAGCCGGGAGGCAGGGAGGGAAGGAGAUCUCAGGGUGGAGGUCCAAUAACUUUGGGAGUUUGCAUGGAUGAAGGAUGUGGUGCGACACUGGAGAGAUGUGCCCACCCUUGGUGUGUCUCCCCCCCUGGGCUGUGAUGUGUGAUGGCUCCCGGGCUGAAAUUCCACCCGGGGAUGAGAUGCGGGCAGUUCCCAAGCCUGGCAAACAUGGAGAGACGCAACACGUUCGGUGUGCUCGUGGUGCCGUGCGGGGCUGCAUGUGCUGUCCUCUUUAUAGGUGGCAUUUACCACGGGGAGGGGAGCCAGGCAGGCUGCUAUCGCGUGAUGGAGCCCUCUAACAUCUCCCAAGUAUAAAUCAGGGCAAGGCUCGCCCAGCCGACACCCCUGGAGUUGGUUGGGAACGUCUGCCCAACAAUUGCUGAACUUUCCAGGAGCCCGACAUGAGUCCAGCAGGUAGGGGCUUAGGGAAAGGAGAAGGGCAGGGCAGAAAUACUGAAAUCUGUGUUUCUCUUCCCGUUGCAGUUUUGUAAACACCAACAAAUGAUGAAACCUUCCACGGCAGAGAGGCUUCAUAAAGGAAGGAUGUUGUGGAUAAUUCUUCUAAGCACAAUUGCUCUAGCAUGGACUACACCUAUUCCCUUGAUAGAGGACUCGGAGGAACUGGAUGAGCCCUGCUUUGAUCCAUGUUACUGUGAAGUGAAGGAGAGCCUUUUCCAUAUACAUUGUGACAACAAGGGAUUUAUAAAUAUUAGUCAGAUAACAGAGUCGUGGUCGAGACCUUUUAAACUUUAUCUGCAGAGGAAUUCCAUGAGGAAAUUGUACACCAACAGUUUUCUUCACUUGAACAAUGCUGUAUCUAUUAACCUUGGGAACAAUGCACUGCAGGACAUUCAGACGGGGGCUUUUAACGGGCUCCGAGUUCUGAAGAGGUUGUAUUUGCACGAAAACAAAUUGGACAUUUUCAGGAACGACACUUUCCUGGGUUUGGAAAGUCUGGAAUAUCUGCAGGCAGAUUACAAUGUCAUUAAACGGAUUGAAAGUGGGGCAUUUCGAAACCUAAGUAAAUUGAGGGUCCUUAUCCUAAAUGACAAUCUUAUCCCCAUGCUUCCCACCAAUUUAUUUAAGUCUGUGUCCUUAACCCACUUGGACUUGCGGGGGAACCGCCUCAAAGUCCUUUCGUACCGCGGGAUGUUGGACCACAUUGGCAGGAGCCUGAUGGAGAUCCAGCUGGAGGAGAACCCGUGGAACUGUACGUGCGAGAUCGUGCAGCUCAAGAGCUGGCUGGAGCGCAUCCCCUACACCGCUCUGGUGGGGGACAUCACCUGCGAGACGCCCUUCCACUUCCACGGGAAGGACCUGCGGGAGAUCAAGAGGAGCAAGCUCUGCCCCAUGCUGUCCGACUCCGAGGUGGAAGCCAGCCUGGGCAUCCCUCAGCUGUCCUCCAGCAAGGAGAACGCGUGGCCUACCAAGCCUUCCUCCAUGCUGUCCUCCUUCCAUUUCACCGCUUCCUCUGUUGAGUACAAAACGUCCAACAAGCAGCCCAAGCCCACCAAGCAGCCCCGGGCGCCCCGGCCUCCCCCGACCCCUCGUGGCCUGUACCCCGGGCCCAACCAACCUCCCGUGGCUGCCUACCAGACCCGGCCCCCCAUCCCCAUCAUCUGCCCCACCGGCUGCUCUUGCAGUUUGCACAUCAACGACCUGGGCCUGACGGUCAACUGCAAGGAGCGGGGAUUCCACAACAUCUCCGAGCUCCUGCCCAGGCCCUUGAACGCCAAGAAGCUGUACCUGAGCGGGAAUUUGAUCCAGAAAAUCUACCGCUCCGAUUUCUGGAAUUUUUCCUCCUUGGAUCUCUUACACCUGGGGAACAACCGGAUCUCCUACGUGCAGGACGGGGCGUUCAUCAACCUGCCGAACCUCAAGAGCCUGUACCUGAACGGGAACGACAUCGAGCGGCUCACCCCGGGCAUGUUCCGGGGCCUGCAGAGUUUGCAUUACCUGUACUUCGAGUACAACCUGAUCAGGGAAAUCCAGCCGGCGGCCUUCAGCCUCAUGCCCAACCUGAAGCUCCUCUUCCUCAACGACAACCUGCUCCGCACGCUGCCCACCGACGCCUUCGCCGGCACCUCCCUGGCGCGCCUCAACCUGCGCAACAACCACUUCUUGGCGCUGCCGGUGGCCGGGGUGCUGGAGCACCUGCACGCCAUCGUGCAGAUCGACCUGAAGCUCAACCCCUGGGACUGCACCUGCGACCUGGUGCCGCUCAAGCAGUGGCUGGAGGCGCUCAGCUCCGUCAGCGUGGUGGGCGAGGUGCUGUGCGCCAGCCCCGAGCCGCUGGCCCGCCGCGACCUGCGCUCGCUGGAGCUGGCCGCGCUGUGCCCCGCCGCGCUGCGCCCCGCCGCCGCCGCCGCCGCCUCGCCGCCCGCCGCCGCCCCGCCGCCGCCCGCCGCCACCGGCGCGGCCGCCUACGAGCUGCCCCCGGCCGCCGCGGCCGCGGCCGUGCCGCUCUCCGUGCUCAUCCUCAGCCUCCUCGUCCUCUUCUUCUCCGCCGUGCUGGUGGCCGCCGGGCUCUUCGCCUUCGUGCUGCGCCGCCGCCGGCGGAAGCUGCCGUUCCGCGGCCCGCGGGCGGAGGCGGCGGACCUGGGCGCGGUGCCGCUGCGCUGCCCGCGCCUCUUCCCCGAGGGCGGCGGCGGCGGCGGCGGGGGCGGCGGCGGCGGGGGGGGCCCCGGGGAGCGCUCCCCGGAGAAGGCGCCCCCGGCGGGCCACGUCUACGACUACAUCCCGCACCCGGUGACCCAGAUGUGCAACAACCCCAUCUACAAGCCGCGCGAGGAGGAAGAGGCGGCGGGCGGCGGCGGCGGCGAGGCGGCCGAGCUGCUGCGGGGCGGCGGCGAGCGCGGCUUCGCCCACCCCGCCGCCCCCGCCGCCGCGCCCGAGCCGGGCAGCAGCUACCGCACCUUGCUGGAGAAGGAGCAGGAGUGGAGCCUGGCCGUGUCCAGCUCGCAGCUCAACACCAUCGUGGCCGUGCACCCCCAGCACCCCGCGGGCGGAGGGCUGGCGGCGGGCGCGCUCGGGGCGGCGGCGGCGGCGGCGGCGGGAGCCCCGCGGGACCGCGACCGCCCGCCGCCCUGCGCCGUGGGCUUCGUGGACUGCCUCUACGGCACCGUGCCCAAGCUGAAGGAACUGCACGUCCACCCCCCCGGCAUGCAAUACCCGGACCUGCAGCAGGACGCCCGGCUGAAGGAGACCCUGCUCUUCGCGGCCGGCAAGGGCUUCCCGGACCACCAAACCCCCACAAGCGAAUACCUCGAGUUAAGGGCCAAACUCCAAACCAAGCCGGAUUACCUCGAAGUCCUGGAGAAGACCACGUACCGGUUCUGACCGCCGCCCCGCCGCCCGCCCGGCCCCGCCGCCCGCGAGCAGAGGAUCCAGCUGUGCGCUCUGCCCCGCCAGAUGUGCGCGCUGCGGGGCAGGGCCCUUCUCAGAUCAGUAAUCGACGAAGUGCCUUCGCAGACUUUUGCCAGCAGAUGUUAAUCAAUCAUUAUUUUUUUAUACUGAAACUGAGACUUUGACUGUGCCAUGUCUAAAGGUGGAAAAGAACAGCAAGGCCAGGUAAGCCCCAGUCCCAGCCAACAGCUGCACACAGGGAAAUGGAAAAGAUGAUCCUGGUGCUCAAUUAUUGGUGCUUUUUGUCUUUUCUGGAUGUUGUCAUUGAUGUCACCAUCGCAUUGUAACUUAGGUUAAAAAAUUUGUUUGGAAAUGGCUUCAUGGGUCUCUUGAGUGUAUCAACAGUGAUAGAAAGAUGUCAAAUGUUACGGUAUGAGUGAUAAUGUGAAUUUUGGAAAGCCUGUUGCCUACUGCCGUGCUUAGAGUGUUAUUGGAGAGUGAGAAUCUCAUUUCUUAGGAGCUUCAGUGAACAUGAGUUAAGCUGUGGCAGCUCCAGAUUUUGUCAGAGACCUUUCCAGACAAAACCACCUUUGAGUGUGGCAGCACAGCUGGUUUUAAGUUAGAGAUAUGUGGGUUUGUCCAAGUUGUUCUCUGAGAGCCAUGAAAGGGAGGAAAGGUCUCUCCAAAAUGUGAGGCUGUUCUCCUGAAGCACUUGGGUGUGCCAGCAGCACUUGAUGAUCUCUGUGCUGCUUCCACUCGCUUCAAGUACCCACUUCACGUGAAGAUGUCAUGGCUGGGGUUGAGGUUUAACAGAGAUGUUCACGUGAAGAGCAGCAAGUAGAAUUUGGCCCUGAGUGUGGGAGUUCAUUGCUCAGCACAUUGCUUUACCACGGGCACAACUCCUGGCAGAGCUCCAGCCACCCCAGGGUGAACUUGUUCCAGGAUUGCCCUUCUUCCAAAGGCAAGCUUGCUUUUACAACAUGGAUUUAUGGACACUGGGAAAUCAGGAUCUGUGCGCUGCAUAUUCCUAUGUUCUGAGUUUUUCCAAGGCUUGGUUUUCAAUCUGUAGCUGAGGUUCUCAGUGAAUUUAUGUAUCUGUGUAUUUGUGUGUACACAGUCAUGUAUUUGUGUUGUACACAGUACAACACAGUUUUUCUCCAUGGAACAAAUGCAAAACGACCCAGGAUGUAGCUCACAACACAUCUCUUUGUACAAAAAUUCCUAUUUUUUAAUUCUGGUGUGAGUGGAAAUACUUUUUUUUUUUCCCAGUUCUUGAAAUAUUUCUGGUUUGAUUGGGCAGCGGAAGAAUUGGAAUGUGCUUGGAACAAACCCUUGAGUGGGAAUGGAGGGGAGGCCCAGUUCUGCUCCCUUGAAGCCAAUGUUGAGACACCACAUUAUGAUCAGUUUUAGUCAACAGACUUGAAUGAAGAGCAAAUUCUGAUCUCAGAAAAUUACAACAUCUAUUAAGUGGAUUCAAGUAUUUUGAGACAAGUACUCCAUGGGACUGUUUCAGAAUAAAAUGAGUAGUGGUACAGGGAAAAUGGGUUUGCCAUCAAUUCUGUGAUUCUCUGAUUGACCCCACUCACAAAUUAACCAAAAAAUCUUUGAGGCUUUUGAUUUUAAGGACAAAUUUUUUUAGCUCUAAUGGCAUUGGUGACCAAGUAGCCAAGCAGAUUACUAAUGUAACAAUUGCAAAUUAUUUGGAAAUACUUUAUUAGUAUUAUAUUUUUCUUUGAGAGCAAGAAUAUGGAGGCCCCUCCAUCCCAGGGCAUUCUGUGUUUCUGUGAUUGACAGGCUCGGACAACUGUGUUUCCUACAACAUCUUUAAAAUAUCUUUCCCUUGAUCCUUAGGGUUUCCCAGCUGUAAAAUUCUGUCAUUAUCUCAUGUUUGUUCAGGUUGUUGGGGCAGUUUGGCAGAUUUCUAUAGACCAUAGACUGUGCUCAGAGAGCAAAGCACAGAGUUCCCCAGGAGGCUGCUGGGGUGACACCUGUAGGUUAUUUUUGAUCCCUGUGGAAGCAUUUGGAAACACUUCCCUGUGGUGGCAUUGCCUGUGCUAAAUUGGUCAGUAUUGUGCUGUUAUCAGGAUGGUGUCAGAUGGAUAAUUUUGGUGAGAAAAUGAGAGGAAAAGGCCCAUAGAGCAGAGCUGUAGGAAGGCUCUGUCCCACAUUUGUGCUGGGUGGUCUCUGGAGGGUGGGUGGUGCAUAAAUCCUGAUAUUUUUGAAGGUUAAGGAUGUUGAUCUGGAGUGUGGGGUUAUUUUUAGCAAUUAUUUAGAGGUGUGGACAUGCAAGACUCAGCUGUUGGGUGCCUCAAAAAGAACAGAUACUAACAGAGGGCAGAGCAAAUAUAAAAUAUUCACAACCAAGUCCUGUGUCCUAUCCUGACUCUUUAAUGUCCAUUUACUUUCCUUAAUUUCUUUAUUUUUCCACUAGAAUUUUCUAAAUCUCUCAAGAAUAUCCUGUAUAUUCUGUGAAUCCUGAAGAGAUAUUUCAGGUUAGCCAAGGAGCGACUCUCUCUGUACUUGGGAAUUCCAACCCUGCCUGUGGAGGAAUAUCCUGCCCAUGGCAUGUGGCACAGCAAUUUGGCUUGUCCUUGGAGCACAGUGCCAGGGAGGGAGGUUCUCUGCACUGAUCAGGUUCUGCAGUAGGGCGUGAAUGAUUCCAAGCAGGAAUUCCUGAAUUGUGAUAAAUCCCUUUUGGAAUGGCAAAGACUUCAUUUGUGCUGCUGCCUCUGGUGGCUGUGCCAUCCUUGCUGGUGGUGGUGGCACCCAGCACCAUUCCUGAGGAGGGAAUCCUGUGACAGUUACUCUAAAAACCAACCAAAUAACCAAAAAAAAAAAAAAAGCUGAAGAAAGGUUUGGGACUUUUUAUCCUGCAGGGACCUUAUCUGAAGUUAAUGACAUUCCCCAGAUGUUACAGUGGCAUUAAUAUACUGCUUAUGGGGGUUAUAUGCAUUUUUUUUCUUGCUUUUUUUGCUUUUCCACAGUAGGUGGAUUACACCCUAAAGAAUUACAGGAAUGUAUUUUUUGGUCAUUUUUUCAGGCUGUACUUGUUUAAGGCUAAGUCAGUCCCAACAGUAACUGUCCUAAACUGAGUUUUAUAGAAAGAUACAUGAACCUUUGAGUUUGUACUUGGUCUCUAAAUAUAUAAAAUGUCCAUUAUCUGAAUAACCCUUGAACCAGAGUCCAUCCUUGAACUUUGGAGGCUUUUGCUUUGCAAAUGAAAGUUAAUUAAUGUUGGGUUAAUUAAUGUUUGGGUUUCUGCGAGUUUUUUUGUUCUGUGAUUGUUCAGUUUGAUUUUAUCACUGGUACAACCAGAGAGAGGGAAACGUUGCAGUGUGAAAAUUCUCAUGAUAGGACUUUAAUUCUUGUGCUUCUUUUCUUUGGAGAGUGAGGGAGGUGUGCUCCAAAGGGAGUAGGAAUUGCCACUCAGAGCUGAAAUGUCUCUGCUGUGUCCUGGGAGUGCCCAGCACUGUCUGACUCAAAGGGAGGUGCCAGAAAUCCCCAUUAGUGAGAUUUCAGGGUUGGAUGGGCCCAGCCAAGCUGCUCCACCUGAGAGAUCCAGUCCUUGGGGUCCUGCACCACUGGAGCCACCAUCCCCAUGUGCCUGGGAGCACUGGGAAAAUUCAUCUUGUGCUGCUUUGGUGAAAAAUGAGCUUUACAAAAAUUAGGCAUUGGUAAUGGAUGCUGCUCAGUUAAGCUUGUCUGUCUUUUUUAGGGAACACAUCCAGGUUUCUCUGGUGCUGUUAAACUGCCAUGCAAGGGCAGGACUGAUCAGUUGUCCCCAAAGCAUUCCUGGAAUAAAUCUCUACCUAAAUGCAUUCUUUAUAAUCAGAGAGACAUUUCCUGUGGCAUCACUUCUGUUAUGUUUUCUUGCAGUGACCCAAAAACCUGGCUGCUUUGGAAAGUGGAUAGUAUUGGCAAGCAAAGAAAUAUGAGUGGUGUUUUGCACCUCGAGACUUCCCUCUGCCCCGCCUGGAGUGCCCUCAGCUUGCUGGCAGCCUGGCCAGGUUGGCCGUGGUGGUGUCACAGGCCUUUGCCAACCAGAGCCAACCAGAUCUGUGCAAGCCUUCAGAGCACAAAGCCCUGAUAAGAAGGAUCCCUAACAGGUAUGCAUCAGGGAGAAGGAGGAGAUGCUCCUAAAAUUAGUUGCUGUCAGCUCCAAGCAGGAGCGAGUGCCUCGUGUGUCACGGAAACGCUGAGUAUGUGCUGUAUAUACUGUGUGUAAAUCUGAGUAUGUACCUAUAAUUACACUAGUGAAGUGUAAAAUUCAAUCUUUGCAAACUUCUGGGAGAUUCAGGAAUGUGGCUUGCUUUGGACUGUAAUUAAAAAUAUGGGCAUUUUGGUUAAAAAUAGCUCCUUUCCGACCUACAUUCCCGAUGUAGGUCAGUGGAGGCAUUUUUCAGACAUAUUAACAUUUUGGACACUUAAUCUUAGCAGCAUAUUGCAUCUCCUAGAAUAGGUUAGGAGAGGCAAGGCAGGAGGAAUUGCUGCAUCUCGAGUCACCCAGAGAGGUUGCCAAGUUUCUCAGGCACCAGAGAGGCAGAAUAAUGAGGAUUAUAUUUAAUUCGGGCUGGAGAGACAACCGUGGGGUGUUGAGCAGAGGCAGCUCAGAUCAACUUGGCUCUGUGGGGGAGGGAGAAUUUAUAACUCUAGCUGGCUCCAAAGCAAGCUGUGUGUGCAUUUGCGUGUGUAUAUAUAUUUAUAUAUAUGUAUAUACAAAUCUGGAUGUGUAUAUAACACCCUGUGUAUAUAUGUAUGUAUGUAUGUAUAUGCCUCCAGUGUACAAAAUGUGUAUCUAUAGAAAUGUAUACAUUUAUAUGAAUUUCUAUUUCUCUAUAUAAAUAGUCAUGCAACUAGGGGAAAUCACAUUUCCACGGCGUGUCCUUUUCUGUAACACCCCCCCAAAAAAGAAGCUGCUUCCAUUAAUGUCACAUUGGCACAAAUUUCUUAAAUUUUCUUUUCUGUUUUGAAAGGAGCGGUGCUUAGUGGCUGAGCACAAGCCUGGAAGGUUUUUACUCUUCCAGAGGACUUGCAGUAAAUCAUGAACUGCUCCAGAGCUGUUCCACAUUUGUGAAAUAAAGCGGUGGCCAAAAUGACUCAGGGCUGGUUUUACAGGCAAAGGAAAGGAAGGAGUUGUUGAGUGUGCAUUGGAAACCUCUGCUAUGCUCUCAGAGUUCUGAUGGUGAAAUAUCUGCACUGCUAAUUACUCUGGUUGCUGUUAAUUUCCCAGCAAUUGGCUUGAACAGGGGGAAAAAAAAUUUUCCUGCUCUGGAGUAAGUUAUCUGAAGUCUGAUUAUGUUGCCUCAGUGAUGUAUGGAUUUCCAUUGAGGGUCAGGAUGUUGGGCUGUAAAUCAAGAAUCUGAGCUCAGUGAACAUCUAGUUUGGGAUGUGUCUUUUCUGUUCUAAUUGAUUUUAAAUAAUUUCAAUUCAUCAUCAGAACAAGCUAUACCUUAAUUCAUGAUAAACUCAAAGAAUUUCUCAUUCAUAUCAGGGUGAAUUUUGCACUUGACUUCGGUGGGGUUGAACGAGGUCGGAGCGUUUCAUUCAGCACUGGCAUAAAAACAAUCUUGUACUUGUGCAACUAUUAAUUCAAAUUGUAAUUUUGUAAUAAAAGCAGCCUAAAAAUGA